CGGCGGCUGCUACAUUUGCACUGUAUACAGACUACAGAGGCCUCUUAUCAUAGUUGUUGCAAUUCAUAUGGCUGUAGUGUUCGUGGCAAAAAUAUGGCCGGAUAAAACCAGAUUAAUUUUAUUAUUGUUUUAAUUAUGAUAUUUUAUAAUUUUUAUUCCUUAAAAUUUUCGCAUCUAUUACCGUAAAUAUUUCGUAUCUCGUUGACAUUAUUCAUAAAUUUGUGAGCAAGUUUAAAUAAAAAUGAUAGUUCAAGUUAAUACAUUUGAGUAAUCUUGGGCAGUAAACAUUUUACAUGAAAUCAUUCAAUAUGUCAGGUGCUGUGAGCGUGACAGAUAAUCUAGUCAAAUGGGAUUUGAUGAAUGAUCCAUUAGCUCCAUUAACUAAACAACAAAAGUCUAAGUUAUCUGCCUUAGAAGAUGAAGUAGCAUCUUUGGACCCAGUCAAUUUGAAAAAGUUAUCUGCUAAAUCUGAUUCAGUGGAGGAUAAUAAAACAAACGAUGAAGAUUCUAUAAGUCAUAUUGAAACUUGUCAAGAGCUUCUACUGUGCUAUUCUCGACUUGAACAAAAACAUACUUUUGCUGAAGAUACAAAAUAUAUUUCUUAUCUUAAUCAACUAAAGUCUCGACAAAAUGAGUGUGAUGAACUCUGUCAACAAAUUGAAAGUGUCCUUGAAGACUUUAACUCGUUAACAAAGCAAUAUAAUCUUGUUUCUACAAAAACGACUUCUUUGCAUGAAGCUAGUGAACAGCUUAUAUCUGAUCAGCGAAAUCUUAUAUCAUUUGUAGAACAAAUAGCUAAAAAUGUACAGCAUUUUAAAGAAGUUGAUCAAAUUAUGGACAAACUAGAUGCCCCAACUCUUUCAGUAAACAGCGAUAUAUUUUUUGAAAUUAUAAACAAAAUAGAUGAAAAUAUUGAUUUUAUGAUAGAACAUCCAAGUUUUAAAGAAAGCAGUCCUUACAUUAUCAAGUACAGGCAUUGCCAAUCAAAAGCAAUAACUUUAAUUCACCAUUAUAUCUUCAGAUUAUUUACAAAAGCAACUGAAAGUAUAAUGCAUCCUAACGAUGGUGACGUUAUACAAAAAAAUCCAGAUGCUGCAUUAGCUCUAUUUUAUGGAAGAUUUCAAGCUAUAUUACCCAAAGCUAAACCUAUAAUAGAACAAAUUGAAGCCAAAUCUGAAAAGAGACAGGAAUAUGAAAGUUUAUUGUUUGAAUGUCAUCAACAUUUUUUAAAUCAUAGAGGAUUGGUUUUAGGACCUAGUGUACAAAAAGGUCUUCAAAAUGUUAAAACAAAAUAUAAUGGCGAUCACUGCAGUUUAGUCAGACACUCUUGUUCAUUACUUUUACAUGCUUCUAUUGAUGAAUAUAGAUUAUUUUAUCAAUUUUUUUCUAAACCAUCACCAGCACUUCUGGCUUUUUCAGAAAGUCUUUGCACAUCUUUGUAUGAUAUGAUACGUCCUUUUAUAAUUCACAUUAAUCAUUUAGAAACUCUUGCUGAAAUAUGUUGUAUAUUGCGUAUAGAAAUGUUAGAUGAACAUGUGCAAAAUAAUACUGAACCUUUGCAAGGGUUUGGUAAUGUGUGUCUUCAAUUACUACAAGAUGCUCAAGAGAGAUUAGUAUUCAGAGCCCAUCUAUAUCUUCAAAGUGAUGUAACUGGUUACAAUCCAUCUCCUGGUGAUUUGGCUUAUCCUGAAAAAUUGAAAAUGAUGGAAGAUAUUGCAGAAAGUAUAAGAGAAGAGGAAAGGCAGGUGCGCAUGAAAAAAAUAUCUUUAUCUAGCAUGGAAAGUGGAGCUACAAAUAGUAGUAUUGAACCUGUUGGAAGGACUCAUGUUAUGUCAAUGGGUAUGGAUCCACUCUAUCCACGAGGUUCACACAUGGGUAAUUCUCCUGCCGAUUUACAUGGGAUGUGGUAUCCAACAGUUCGACGAACUUUGGUGUGUUUAUCGCGCCUUUACAGAUGUGUUGAUAGACCCGUUUUUCAGUCUCUCAGCCAAGAAGCCAUAACAUACUGCGUUCAAAGUAUUGAGUCAGCACGAGAAAAGAUUCAGCUUCGUUCAACGCCUCUAGAUGCAGAGCUAUUUCAGGUAAAACAUUUGUUAAUUCUUCGAGAACAGAUUGCUCCAUUUCAAGUUGAUUUUACCGUAAAAGAAUAUAGUUUGGACUUUUCAAAAGUAAAAACUGCUGCUUUUGGCCUUUUGGGAAAGCGCUCAAGACUGUUCACAUUAUCGAAUAACGCGUUGCUAGAGUUUUUACUCGAAGGUGCACCGCAAAUGCGAGAACAAUUGUUCGAUUCACGAAAGCAUGUUGAUGCGAAAUUAAAAUUGUCCUGUCAGCGAUUGAUCGAUCAUAUUACGAAAUUAUUAAUUGAACCGGUUAUUUUACUUCUAGAAAGAAGUAAAUAUACGCAACAGCAGCAACAAGAGCAACCUCAAGCUCAAAAAUUGUUAGGAACAGCAGAGCAAGUAGCAGCUGUUAUAAGUGAAGCGCAGCGAUUAAUCAAGUUCAAAUUACCUAGCAUUCAAAACUCUAUGCAGCUUUAUUUGGCGAACCGAGAAACAGAGAGUAUUCUUUUCCGACCCAUUCGUAAUAACAUAGUCGGAGCUUUCGCACAGUUAGGCCAAUUACUCAGUCAGUAUUACUCUGGUGAAGAACUUAUGCUGAUAGCUUGUCCAUUGCCAGAACAAAUAUCUGUUAUGUUGAGCUCCACUACAUUACAAACACAAAAACAAGAUGCUUCUGCUGAAAUAGUUAAUAUUGUAGCCACUAAUGAAAAUGAAGCCAAUAGCCAAGAAAUUAAGGAAUUAAAAACUAAUCAAAAUAAUGAUUAA